CCCGUUUCCGGCGCCGGGCAGAAACUCCACAAGGCCCGGCGCCUAGUCAUGACGAAAGCUCCGGUUGCGGUGCUGUGUCGGAAGUGGCAUCCUCUCGGGCCACUGAGACUCUGUCGCCGUCGCUGCUGGACCUUCUGGCUCCGCCCCUGCCCCUAGGUCUGGAUGGAGGAUACGUUAAAGUGAAAUGACAGACCAGGAGAAUAACAACAACAUCUCAAGUAACCCCUUUGCUGCUCUUUUUGGCUCCCUGGCUGAUGCCAAGCAGUUUGCAGCAAUCCAAAAAGAGCAGCUGAAGCAGCAAUCUGAUGAACUCCCAGCUAGCCCGGAUGACUCGGAUAAUAGUGUGUCAGAGAGCCUGGAUGAAUUUGAUUACUCCGUGGCAGAGAUUAGCCGCUCAUUCCGCUCACAGCAGGAAAUAUGUGAGCAACUCAACAUCAAUCACAUGAUCCAAAGGAUCUUCCUCAUUACUCUGGACAACAGUGACCCAAGCUUGAAAAGUGGGAAUGGCAUCCCCAGCCGUUGUGUGUAUUUGGAAGAAAUGGCAGUAGACCUAGAAGAUCAAGACUGGCUUGAUAUGAGCAACGUUGAGCAGGCUGUCUUCACUCGCUUAUUACUUCAAGAUCCAGGCAACCACUUGAUUAACAUGACAUCUUCUACAACGUUGAAUCUCUCUGCUGAUCGAGAUGCAGGGGAGAGGCACAUUUUUUGUUACCUUUAUUCCUGCUUCCAAAGAGCCAAGGAAGAGAUUACCAAAGUUCCAGAGAACCUGCUACCUUUUGCAGUGCAGUGCAGAAACCUCACUGUGUCUAAUACCCGAACCGUUCUCCUCACCCCAGAGAUCUAUGUUGGUCAGAACAUCCAUGAGCAGCUGGUAGAUUUGAUGUUGGAAGCCAUCCAAGGAGCCCAUUUUGAAGAUGUAGCUGAGUUUCUGGAAGAGGUCAUUGAAGCCUUGGUAUUGGACGAGGAAGUUCGAACAUUUCCAGAAGUCAUGAUCCCAGUGUUUGAUAUUUUGUUGGGCCGAAUAAAAGACCUAGAACUCUGCCAGAUCCUGUUGUAUGCGUAUCUGGAUAUUCUCCUCUAUUUCACUAGGCAAAAGGAUAUGGCAAAGGUUUUUGUGGAAUACAUUCAACCCAAGGACUCAAGCAAUGGGCAGAUGUACCAGAAGACCUUACUAGGAGUAAUCCUGAAUAUCUCCUGCUUAUUAAAGACUCCUGGUGUAAUAGAAAAUCAUGGCUACUUCCUGAAUCCAUCUCGCUCCAGUCCCCAGGAGAUCAAAGUACAAGAGGCCAACAUCCACCAGUUCAUGGCUCAGUUCCAUGAAAAGAUCUACCAGAUGCUGAAGAACUUACUCCAGCUCUCUCCAGAAACCAAACACUGUAUCUUGUCCUGGCUUGGAAACUGUUUGCAUGCAAAUGCAGGCCGCACCAAGAUUUGGGCCAAUCAGAUGCCAGAAAUCUUCUUCCAAAUGUAUGCCUCGGAUGCCUUCUUUCUGAAUCUGGGUGCUGCUCUCCUGAAGCUCUGCCAGCCAUUUUGCAAACCCAAAUCCUCUCGGCUCCUCACCUUUAAUCCCACUUACUGUGCCCUCAAGGAGCUGAAUGAUGAAGAACGAAAAAUAAAAAAUGUGCACAUGAGAGGUUUGGACAAAGAAACCUGUUUGAUCCCAGCUGUGCAGGAGCCAAAGUUUCCCCAGAACUACAACCUUGUAACAGAGAACCUUGUCCUGACAGAGUACACCUUGUACUUGGGAUUUCACAGGUUGCAUGAUCAGAUGGUAAAAAUCAACCAAAAUCUACAUCGGCUACAGGUUGCCUGGCGGGAUGCUCAGCACAGUUCUAGCCCUGCUGCUGACAACCUCCGUGAGCAGUUUGAACGACUGAUGACCAUCUAUCUUUCUACCAAGACUGCCAUGACUGAACCACAGAUGCUUCAAAAUUGCCUAAAUCUGCAGGUGUCCAUGGCCGUUCUACUAGUUCAGCUGGCCGUAGGCAAUGAGGGCCCCCAGCUGACAGAGCUAACAUUUCCAUUGCCAGAUGGCUACAGCUCUUUGGCUUAUGUGCCAGAAUUUUUUGCAGAUAACCUGGGUGAUUUCCUUAUUUUUCUCCGCCGCUUUGCUGAUGACAUCUUGGAGACAUCAGCCGAUUCCCUGGAACAUGUCCUUCACUUUAUCACCAUUUUCACUGGAAGCAUAGAAAGGAUGAAGAAUCCCCACCUAAGGGCCAAACUAGCUGAGGUGUUAGAAGCAGUGAUGCCCCACUUGGAUCAGACCCCAAAUCCCUUAGUAUCCAGUGUAUUCCACCGGAAACGUGUGUUCUGCAACUUUCCCUAUGCAGCCCACCUUGCAGAAGCUCUAAUCAAGGUCUUUGUGGACAUUGAGUUUACAGGUGAUCCCCAUCAAUUUGAACAGAAGUUCAAUUACCGCCGUCCCAUGUAUCCCAUCCUAAGGUACAUGUGGGGGACAGAUAGCUACCGAGAGAGCAUUAAGGAUUUGGCUGACUACGCCUCUAAGAAUCUAGAAGCCAUGAAUCCCCCACUUUUCCUCCGCUUUCUUAACCUGCUAAUGAACGAUGCCAUCUUCCUUUUGGAUGAAGCCAUACAGUAUUUGAGCAAGAUAAAGGUUCAACAGAUCGAAAAGGACAGAGGUGAAUGGGACAGUCUGACUCCAGAAGCCCGCCGAGAGAAGGAGGCUGGCCUACAGAUGUUUGGACAGCUGGCACGUUUCCAUAACAUCAUGUCAAAUGAAACAAUUGGUACCCUUGCCUUUUUGACAUCAGAGAUUAAGUCACUCUUCGUGCAUCCCUUCCUGGCUGAGCGCAUCAUCUCCAUGCUGAACUACUUCCUGCAGCACCUGGUUGGCCCCAAGAUGGGGGCCUUGAAAGUCAAGGACUUCAGCGAAUUUGACUUUAAACCCCAGCAGCUUGUAUCAGAUAUCUGCACCAUCUACUUAAAUCUUGGGGAUGAGGAAAACUUCUGUGCCACUGUGCCCAAGGAUGGGCGUUCCUACUCCCCAACUCUCUUUGCCCAGACAGUCCGAGUCCUGAAGAAAAUAAAUAAGCCUGGGAAUAUGAUUGUGGCUUUCAGCAACCUAGCAGAGAGAAUCAAGUCUCUAGCAGACCUCCAGCAACAGGAAGAGGAGACCUAUGCAGACGCCUGUGACGAGUUCCUGGAUCCCAUCAUGAGCACACUGAUGUCUGACCCUGUGGUGCUGCCGUCUUCCAGAGUCACUGUGGAUAGAUCCACCAUUGCCAGACAUCUGCUCAGUGACCAAACAGAUCCCUUUAACCGUAGUCCCCUCACCAUGGACCAGAUCCGGCCAAACACAGAACUAAAAGAAAAAAUCCAGCGGUGGCUCGCAGAGAGGAAACAGCAACAAAAGGAGCAACUUGAAUAAAUACUGUGAACUAAACAAACCAAAAACCAACCCCAGAGUGCAAACAAUUGGUGGUGGUUUCUUCUGGUUCUGUUCCUUUUCCUUUUUUCUUUUUUUUCCUUACUAAAUUGGAGCUCUGCUCUUGUUCUAAUUGUGGUAAGAUUCCUAAGAACUUCGCAGUGCCCUCCCGGCUGAUAGGACAUCAUGUUGACUAUACCAUCGACAAACUCAAAAGUCAUCACUAGUUUUUACCCUUUGUUCUCUCUCCCUAGUCCGUCUUCUUCCUUUGCCUUCCUUGAGUUAUAUUCACUUUAAAUACUAAAACUUCCUUCCACUUUAUUGUUUCUCUUCCAAGAACUGUUCAGAUGUCUUUGGUGAACACUGCUUUUAAAUAUAUGAUGUCACAUAUUUCAGGGACAGCUGAUGUCAUCAGAAAGUCCUGUGUCAGCAAGGCAUUUACUAGUCUUCAGGAUCCGGCCUUCAGCCCUUUUCCUUGUUACAGCUCUGCAAUGUUAAAAAAUAAUCUUUCACAUAAAAGCAGAUAGAUUGACAUUUGAGUAGACUUUUGAAUAUGAUGAUAGAUGAGAUGAAAACAAGGGAAUCCACUGCAACUUCUGUUGGCAGCUCUUAAUUUUGUGUUAUCUCAUAACUCAGUGACGCCGUGGAGGACACUCUCCCACAGGGUUGUCAUAACUACAGAACAGUUAGCCCUAAAUAUUUUUAGGAGGAUUGGUAGAACAACCUUGGAGCUUUGACACUUCAUUAAAAAAAUCUGGAGGUGAAAGAAUAAAGGAAGCUUUGGGGAUCUUUUUAUCUUACAGAAGGAAAUUUGUUGGCUGUAAGGAUGAGGCUUGAGUAGAAAAGUUAGGCGACAAACAUUGUAACCAUGGAAAAUGUCAUUUUAAGACACUAAUAUCAACAGUGUAUGUACACACACACACACACACCAUGUGUUUUUAUAUUGGUCUAGUGUAAACUCAGUACCGCUUUAUGUUGUCUUUUCCAUGGUAAAAUGUAUGCAGUGUAUGAUCAUAUUUACUAACACUCUAGACAAAAUUCUAAGACUAUAACAUGUAUAUAGUUAGUGUUUGUUUGGGAUUGUGAUCUAACUUCCAAGAGUUGCUUCUGACUCAGCCUUAGGUCGUCAGUUAACAAAGUAGGGAUUUGAACACAACCUUGUCCUUGGUAAGUAUCCACUUAGCCCUAUGUCGUUAGUAGGUGGAUGGGCCCACUUCUACAAGUUGAGCUUGAGCUCUGUACUCGUUGUGCAGCUUAACAUGCUAAGUGAGGCACAUUCCCCUAUGGGUUGUCACUAUCCUGCUAACCCUGAAAAUAAAAGUGACAAGAAGAGUAAGUAGUAUGAUCUAUAAACACAGGUUAUUGCUUAGUUUAGAGUACAUUAUUUUUAAUCAUGGCCUCUUUCAAAUAAGAUGGUAGUUUUUUGAUAUUACAACACAAGUUGCUAUAAGCAGUCCUUGGUGUGUUUUGAUGGUACCUGAAAAACCUCAAAUCAGGGGGCAUCCCACACUAGACAUAAGUGGACGUUGCCUGUUGGCUGUGCUUAUCUUAUAAAUGGUAACAGAAGUCGAUGACUCUUGCAAAUGCCAGAAUGUAAGAGACCAAUUCAGCAUGCUCCCCAGGCCUUUAAAGGCCUUUGGAAGCAAUUGUUUAUAUUCUUAAAAUGAACUUCAUUUCGUAUUUAAUAUCCUCCUCCUCUGAGAAUGAACUGUGCAUAAAAUAAGCUUCUACCUACUUGCAUUUAUCUUCCAAAUCCAGCCUAAUAGGAUGUUUUAAUUUUUAAAAGAAGUAGGGAAAAGACCAGAGAUUCAUAGGAGAAAAUUGGAGGGAAUAUGGGCACAAAACCUCAGAAGGCAGCUGCUCCCAGCAGUUUUCUAGUUAACAGCCUCUAUGCUGCCUCUUGUAUCUGUAUUCUACUUCUGUAUUUAGUCUUCAAAUUGUAAGCCUUUUCUGGCAAGCUUUUUUUUUGUUAAAGCUCUUUUCCUGAAACUUUUUAUGAAUGGCUAUGGCACCAUUAAUGCUGCUGAAUAUCUUUAAACUCAUCACAAAGGCAAGUUUAUAGCUUAAGGCCACAAUGGGUAAGAAAACCUAGUGUCUUCUGUGCCUUUUUUCUUUCCUUGAAGCAAUGUAAGAACAUCCCAUAAAUGAGACGAAAACAUUAUAUUGGUACAAUGCAAUGCAUAUAUGUACUUGGAAGCUUAAAGAAGUGUUUUGUCAUCUGGAACUCAGAAGCAGCUCUUAAUCCUUUAGAGCAGACUUUCUGAUAUACCUAGUUUUACGUGUUGGCUCUGCUGGAGUAUGAUAGGAAAAUGAAGUCUCUUGAAUCAGCUCUAGUAUUGCUUACUAAGAAGGUAAUACUAAACUUCAAAGAUUAUGUAAGUAGGUUUUAUCAAGCAAUCUGGAUUGGUUGGUUUGUUUUUAAAUGUAGUUUUUAGUGAUAUGUGAAAACUGAAAGAAACUUUAGUUUCAUGGUACAGGUGAAGGUGCCAGUUGCUAUUUGGUGUCACACUCUACAAAAGCUUCAUUACUUUAUUGGAUGCUGGUUGCUAAGCAGCCAUUGCCCUGAGCAUAAGUCUACUGGGUGCCUUUACAAGCCAGAGGCUGAUGCUGCACUGUUGAUGUCAUGUGAGGAAAUAAUGCACAUGCUCUAAUUGCUAAACAGGAAAACCUAGAAACAAAAAGAACACAACAAAAAGUUUGAUUGAAAUAAAAGUUGAUCAACAUAACUGUAUUUUAAAACAUUCCAGGAAGGUUACUCCUUGUCAAACUUGCCUGGUGGUGUUUGUUCAAAGCUUGUAUUUAAUAAAUGAACACCUGACUAA